AUGAAUUGGAUCUUUCUGCUCAGCCUGGCGAGCUACGCGCUGGCGCUCCACCAGAUCGGAUCGGACGCGCUCAAGUCGUGCAUGACGUCGUCGCAGUUCACCGCGUCCCGGUUCGACAUCAAGUUCUUCCCAGACAACCAGACGGCCAAUAUCGACCUCAAGGCCAUCUCCAACCUGGAGGGCAACAUCACCGGCACCAUCACGCUCAAGGCCUACGGUAUCGAGGUAGUCAACGAAAAGAUUGACUUUUGCAAAAACAAUAUGCCCCAGCUGUGUCCGAUAGCAAAGGGAAACUUCGACUUCACCACCACCCUCAAUGAUAUCAGUAAGAACGUGGUGGACCAGAUUCCCGGCAUCGCCUACACCAUUCCCGAUCUCGACGGUGUGGUCACCGUGAAGGUCCACUACAACGACGACCCCAACACCAUCGUGGCCUGUGUGGAGACGUCGCUCAAUAACGGCAAAACCGUCCAGACUAAGAUCGCCUCGUGGAUCAUCGCCGGCGCUUGUCUCAUCGGAAUGGUCACCGCUGGUGUCGUCGCCAUCAUGGGCCACAGCAACACCGCCGCCCAUGUGGCUUCCAACGCCGUCUCGCUCUUCACAUACUUCCAGGCCAUCGCCAUCAUCUCCAUGAUGGCGGUGGAAAAGCUGCCUCCCAUCGCAGCUGCCUGGUCGUCCAACUUCACCUGGACCCUGGGCCUUGUCAACGUCAAGUUCAUGCAGGACAUUUUCAACUGGUACGUCCAGGCCACCGGCGGAACCUCCACCUUCAUCAUUCGAAACCGACAGCUCAUCUCCGUGUCUGUGGAAAAACGGUCUCUUUACGCGCGUGCUCUCAACGCUCUCUCGGAUGAAGGAAUUACCAACUUCAUUGCCUCGUCUAAAGACGCCAUCUCAAGACGAAUGGCCUCUCGAGGAGAUAUGGUGGACAUGGCUGUGGGCGUGGGCUUGCAUCUGCUCAAACGAGACAACAGCACCCUGGAUGAUCUGGGAUCGCAGACCGAGAACCAGAAGGAUCCCCGAAUCUACGGAAAGACCCUCAUUGUUCGAGGAAUCGAGCGGGUGGCGUUUCUGUCCAAGAUUGAGCUCACCAACGUCUUUCUUACGGGCUGGACCAUGUUUGCUUUUGUCGGCUUCUGUCUGGUGUUCCUGGUCAUCAUUUUCAAGGUGACCAUUGAGAACUUCAUCCGAAUCAAGGUCAUGAACCCCGGAAAGUAUGAGGAGUACCGCCAGAACUGGAAGUAUAUCAGCAAGGGCGCCAUGUACCGAAUGGCGCUGAUUGGCUGGCCUCAAAUGUCCGUGCUGUGUCUGUGGGAGCUCAUUGAACGAGACUCUGCUGCUGUGGUGGUCAUCGCCGUCGUCACCUUCCUCACCCUUCUGCUUCUUCUCUGUUUCGGCGGCUUUAAAAUCAUCAUGAUGGCCAAGCGAUCCAUGUCGCUUUACAGAAACCCGGCCUACAUGCUGUAUGGUGAUCCGGUCACCCUCCACAAGUGGGGUUUUCUGUACGUCAACUUCCGAGCCACCGCCUACUACUAUGUUCUUGUCAUCAUCGGGUUCCAUCUGGCCCGAGCCCUGGUGAUUGCCUUCGCCCAGAAGGCAGGCAAGGUCCAGGGAGUGGUCUACUUUGUCAUUGAGCUGGUCUAUCUGGUGAUUGUGUCGUGGAUCAAGCCGUACAUGGAUAAAACCACCAACGUGUUCAACAUUGCGAUCGCGUCCAUCAUGUUCAUCAACGCACUGUUCUACAUGUUCUUCUCCCAGGUCUUUGGCCAGCCCCUGUAUGUGGGCUCCAUCAUGGCUGUGGUCUUUUUUGUGCUCAACGCCGCCUUCUCGCUCAUUCUGAUGAUUUCGGUCAUCAUCUCGUCUGUCCGAGCUCUGCUCUCCAAGGACCCCGAUCUGCGAUAUCAGCCCAUGCGAGACGACCGAGUGUCGUUCAUCCCCCACAACCAGGCCGAAAAGGACGCCCAGGAUACCGAGCUGGAUGCUCUGGGAGCCACCAUGAUGGUCUCUGGCGACGAUGUCAACCGGGACCCCAACCGACGCUACUCCUCCGACGACGAGUUCCCUCAGCCCCGGCUUCCCAGAGAUACUCUGGCCCCUCAUUCGGGCUACGAGCGGCCUCUGUCUGGCGGUCCCUACGACGAGCGCGAUCCCUUUGCUCUAUCCAAUCACACAGUCAACUCCGACUACCACGCUCCGGCGGGCAGUGGAGCCUUCUACUCUCACCAGAAUGGCUCUGAGCGCGACAUGCCACCGCCCGCCACGUCCUACCGAGGAUACCAGCCUCCGGGAUAUUGA